AUGCUUCGCUGCAAAGAUGCCUACAUCCGCAGCGCUGGCGCUCGCGGAGGGAGCUACCUAUCCAGAGGACAUUCUGACGUGAUGACUCGAGUGGGAUAUUCUGGUGGAAGACUCUUCAAGGCUGCAUCGUUGUCGUCCCGAACGUCCUCAUGGACUUACGGUCAGACACUACGGAGCCGGCUGGAAACAUCGCCGCGGUGGGACGUAGUCAGACGGUUCUCAGCGUCUUCCGCUUCGUCGUUUGCGUUGAGAGACCUACUAAGAGACCAUGGGAAAAAAAAGGAUUCGUACCCAAAGGGGAGUGAGGACGAGGCCAGAGUCCUCCUGGAGAUCGCGACGGGGAAAGAGGCUGCGCUCUCUGUCUCUCCAAAGGCGGUAGAACUGGAGAUUAAGUGGCUCAAGGAUCCGAAGGAACUGGCUGAUCGUGUCGCCAGGCUGCUAAAAGGCAGGAAAGCUGCCAUGGCAGCUGCGUUGGUUCGCAGAGCGCAGAAAGAGGGGAUAGAAUGUAUGGUGGCAUGGAACCAUCUGAUGGCGCAUUGUAUGGAUCGUGGGGCGCCUUUGGCUGCAUUCAAGUUCUACAAUGAUAUGAAAAAGAGAGGCAGGCGACCGAAUGCUAGUACAUUCACCAUCAUGCUGGACGGAUUGUCCCGAGAUUCUCAUCAGCGAGGUCUCCACCCCGUCAAGACCGCGUACUCAAUCUAUAAAUCUAUAUUCACCGAAAAGUCGGGAAUCAGGCCAAACAUUAUCCACUUCAACGCAAUGCUGAAGGUCUGCGGACGACAUUAUGACAUCGACACUCUCUGGAAAGUUGUUGGUGAUCUUCCUGAAGAGGGCCCGGAUGCACCGGACGUGAAGACAUACACUAUAAUCCUGACGUCUAUCAACGCGAUAACCCAGCGUGAUGUCGAACGCAUCCCUCCCAGCCAACUUGACAAAAUGAUAGCGAGAAGAGCAGCUGGUGUUCGGGAUGGCAAAAGGAUAUGGGCGGACAUUGUCAAUCAAUGGCGCACUGGCCGGAUGACGAUUGACAAUCACCUUGUCGGCACCAUGGCAAAUCUUCUGAUUAAUGGUUUGGACGAGCAUGGUUGCUAUGAUGCGCUGGCUCUGUUUAACCAGACCAUGGGGAUUCCAAUUUUCGCCAAGAAGCCUCCUCAUUAUGUCCCUUCUGGCUCUUUGACCCCACAAAGUCUGUACGAAGCCACACGGACUCGCCCCCGUACGGAAAUAGAUCAGCAGGAUGAUCUGGACCAAGAUGCGGAAUCCUUGGAAGAUCAGGAAAUGGCAGAAAUGGACCGGACCGAACUUGAGGAAGACGAAACUGAGGUAAAUUUCGAGGGUCUCUUUGAUCCUGUGACCAAUACUACUCCCGAUGAGAAGAGCCGCAGUGAUAACUCGGCAUCGACACCUGCCCUUCUAAGGCCCGGGAAUGUAGAACUCAGCCUCAUAUUAGAAGCAUGUCGGUUGUUGACUGAGGGUGCCGGUCCUGGUAAACAGUAUUGGGAAUACCUGACCCUCAGGGAUGAUGGCCCUAAAGUCCAGCCAGACGAGCAUUCUUUCCAUCAAUAUUUGCGUCUGCUUCGAGUUGCGCGAUCGAGUCGAGUCGCGCUGGGCAUGAUACGUGAUCAGAUGGUGCCUGCCAACGCAUUAGAGGGGAAGACGUUCCAUAUUGCCAUGAGCUGCUGCCGUCGUGAUCGUCAGAACCCUAAUGUUUUCAAUAUCGCCAAUGAGUUGCUUGCAUUAAUGGAUACACACCUUCCGCUUCCCGAUCCCAGGGCCUUGAUUGGUUAUCACGAGCUGAUCGAUGUUUUGGCGGCGAAUGGGCAGUGGCUCAUGAUGCUGAACGGGCUGGACGUCGAUGAAGACAAGCGGUCAAAUCUGGCACAGACGGGUCGCAAGUUGAAAUUAGCGCUGCAAACCACUGCCAUCUCUAAGUUACAGCCGCACGUGUCGAAACUAUGCGAAGCGGCGGAAAAGGGACAAAUCACCAAGGCUUCCGAUCGUUCUCACCCUCUGAAUAACAGGGACGAUGGUUCCGUCGCUGGCUUCUUUGCACUCAAGGCUUUAGUGAGGACCCGAGCCCUGAUGGAUACUGUGCUUGGUCCGCAGUACGAGUCCUUACUGUCCAAGUCUGAUCGCGAGCGGAUUGAGCCCGAAGCAAAGAAAUUGAGAAAAUUCUCCAGUCCCGAGAUGGUUGUGAAAUUCGAGGAUUCUGUGCUGUCUCCAACUUGGGAACAGCGCCUCCGAUCCAUAGACUCUAGGGCGGCGGUGAAAUCUGAUGGAAAACAGAAAGCAAAGGAGCCUCCGGCAGGUACCAAGCAAACUGAGGUGGCGCCUAAAGAAGAGAAGGUCAACCCGACAGAGAAGCAGACUCAAGACCAAGAGCAUUCGGAUGUGCCGAAGGAGUCGAAAGAAUCAAAUGAGCAACCAGCCCAGCAAUGUAUAUGUACCGGUAUUGUCACCAAGAAAUUCUUGCUGGAUACUGCCUGUGUUUCUUCGCCUCUGAGUCCAUGUACUUUUAUCGAACCGAUAUCUCCGUCGUAG